CAUUAACAUAAUAGACAUGAAACGAACAACCUCCGUUAAUUUUAUUAAUAGCGCUAACAAGGGUACUCUUAGUAAAAGAGAAAGACAAAAACGUUUUCAACGCGUCAAAAAUGAGAACGAAUACGAAUAUUGGAAUUCAAUUAUAAACAAACAUGUCAGCCUUCUAGGAGGAACAACUAAAGUCUUUACGCGUGAUGGCGGCUCUUAUAAUCUUUUUACUCCGGGGAUAAAUGUUAUCCUAUCACUUCAAGAAAUUAAUAAAAUAGUUUAUAAAGAAAAAGAAUGUUUCAUUACCCUUUACAAGUUAGAGUUUAUGGAAUCUCGACUGUUCCCUCUAAUUCUAUUAAACGGUCGUCUUGAAAAUAAUUCACAAAAGGAAACUUCACGAAUAUGCGUCGAGUUGUUAACCCGAAUGACCAAAAUUUAUCCAAUGAGUAAAAAUCUCAAUGAUUUACCGUUUCUAAAGAUGAACUCUGCUUAUAAGGAUUUAUUUAUAUUGAAUAUUUCAAUAAUACGUAAUAUUCAUAAUAUGUUACAAUGGCAUUUAAAAUUGAUCGAUAGAAAUAAUGAUGAUAAGAAGUUUAUUCAUCUUUUGCUUCUAAUUUCUCGUAAUCUCCUGGCGAUCAAAGAUGCUCCUGGCUCUGGAAAUCUUACCAUUAACGAGAAAUUAAAAGCUCAUUUUGAUUUGAUCGUUCAAUUUUGCAACGAGAAUCUUUUCGAGAUCAUUAUGAUUAUGGCGAGCGAUAAAAAUGAGGCUAUUUGGCAUACACUUAUCUUAGAGAUUUUUUAUCAUAUUCUUGAGUAUAAUAGUUCUGACGAUUUAUUCAUAGACCCAAAAAUGGAAGCAUCAUCAAAAGGGGUUAAAUUAAUGGAACAAAUGAAAAAUAGACAAGAUAAAAUACGUAAAAAAUUUUCUAAGGUUUGUCCUAAAGUAUGGGUAGAUACAAAAAAAGGUUAUGAGAAACCAGUAGAUAUUCGACAAACCUGGCAAGAAAUUCCAAAAUUUGAUUCAAUAGAACUGAGAGAAAAAACUGUGAAUGGGCAAAGGAUCUUGACUGAACAUGUUAAUAAGAAAAGACGCGUGGUUCUUGAUGAUCAAACUCGGAAAUGCAUAAAAUUAGCUUCAUUAAAAAUAAUUACAAGCAAUGCGUUCGAAGUACUCAUCAUCACGAUCCAAAAAGAAAUUGAGGCUAAUCUAGAUAAUCCUGACAUUAAUAAGAUCAUUGCUUAUUAUUUGUAUUUAGUCGAUUAUAUUUUAAAUUUCAGGAUACGGAUAACUUCAGAAAAUUCAUUAUUUUUAAAAGAUGGAGUCUUGUCAAAUAUAUCUAAGAUAUCUGAUAUUUCUCAAGUACUUCCUGCUAUAACUGUCGAAUCGUUCGAAUGGACGUUUUCCUUAUUAUUUAAAUGCGAACCAAAGGAGAAUUCGAAUCGGAUUUUACAAUAUGCUUUUAAAUGCUUAAAAAGUAUGUUAUUAACAAUAAAACAUGCACUUAAUGGAUCAAAUCACGAAAUGGCGCUGUCUAUAUUAAAAUAUGUAUAUGAUAAUGAAGUUUAUACAAACCGUAUCCUUGAUCUUCUCAAGAAUAUAGAAAUUCUUACUUUCAAAGAACAAAAAGCAUUACUUUCUGUUGUUCAUGUUUAUUUAGAAACAUUAGAUCAUUAUGAGGGAAUGACACAAUUGUCCGAUGGGCCCCAAAAGAAAUUCAUCUCUGAUGAGAUUAUAAAAAAUUAUUGUAAGAUACUGGAAGAAUAUAACAAAUUAGAUGAUGAAGAACUCAAUUAUAUAGUAGAAUUCUUUUAUCGUAUCUGGUAUAAAUAUGAUCUUGAAGGGAUGUUUUAUAAGAUAACGAUCAUGUUUCUUUUUAGUCGUAUCUUGGAUGAUAUUGGACAUCGUCAAGAAGUGACGCUGGGUCAAGAUGAAUUAUUGUCAUUUAUUUUAAAUAUUAGUAACAAGUUACUUAGUGAGCUUCCAAAGAAUUCUUUAUUAUAUGUUGAACUUUUGUACCCCAAAAAUUCUGAAGAUUGUAAAAUAUCACAACAAGGAUAUAAUCGCAAUUGUAAGAUUUAAACAAUAGAAUAAAAAUUUGGAGUGGUGAUGGGAUAUUUUUAAAGUAUUUAUAGUAUUUGAAUAUGAAUAUAUUUAUAUAGCGU